CUGGCAUCGCACAUCCACGUGGCCAACGCCAGUAAGGAGUGUAAGGUCCGAGCAAAUUCAAAAUUAUCGACCGAAGAGGUCAGCGUUGUCUUCAGUUCCCUGAAUAAGGUCGCGCAAUUGGCUAAGAAUACUGAAAGCAUCCAGAUGACAGGCGCACUUUUAGUGUUUCGAGUUCGUUUGCAGGAUCUUUACACAUUGAGAAAUGCCAUAUAUCGGUGUCUCAGUGUGCUCAAAAAUGGCUACGGUGGCACUUACAUCGGAAUAUCCAACGACGCAGAACGGGUUCCACCAUGCGAAUCACAACCACUCCUCAACUUUGGCAUGGGAAUGUUGUACUUCACCAAGGAGGAGGAUGCCAAACGCUUUGUGUACAGUGACCAAGGAUUCAUGGAAGCGGAUUUCAUUGACUCCUCAGAAGUAAUCAUCGUUCCCGUGCGUAAGCCUAUGCUAAUGGGGUCGAAUUGCACGGCAUUUCUUUUCACCGAGACACAGAGGCACGAAAAUUACGGCCAGCUUCCAGACCCUGAAGUGUUUUUACGGAUGUGUGAGUGCGGAGCUGUCCCACUCAUCGCGGACAGCAUGAAGGUUUACAUGGUCCGUGGGUGCGAUCAAAGACUCAGCGGCUUACGCAUAUGCCAGUUUCCGAACAAGAAGAUAUUCUACGACUGGGUCAAGUCAGGUUUGUUCGUUAAAAUCUACUUCCCGCCGGUUAUUUUCCUGAUAUUUUCCAGAAACUAUGAUGUUCAUGUGCAUAAUGCCAACUGAAGCCCACCACAAGUAUGUUUGUGAAGUUAACCACAGGUUGAUAAGAGGGUCAUUUUGAAGCGCUGUUUGUGUGAAUGAAUUGCAACACGCAAUCUCAAUGUUGGUCCAGAUUCCCAUCGAAGUAAACCUUAUCCAAUUUGAUCACUGGACCCUACAAUCAGAUAGUAACUGUUGUGAUCAACGUUGCACAUCAUGACUCGGUGGCUGAACUGUAGAGGUUUCGGCUAACAUCUCAAUGGUUCCUGGUUGGAUGCCCGUUUUCUCUAUCUGAUGAGAUCAACUAAGAUUGGAAGGCGUAGUGGAGUGCUAUGUUUUCGGAAGGACAACACCCAAUAUCUAUCAGGUGAACCACAGGUUCUUAAAAGUUGGGCUCGUCAGAUAGCCUGAAACAAGAGGAUAUGGGAUUAACCAAUAUUCUGUCUCUAAGGCACUGGAUUGUGAGCGGAUCAGCCUCGGUAAGAAUGUGAACGUAAAUCGCCUACAGUCAGUCUUCAAGUCAGUAGUUCAAAAGCGGUGUCCCUGUGAAGGAACUUGAAGGAAAACGUUUUUCGUCCUUGAAGUCACUAUCACUUCAUGAGAUCAAAACAGUAAAUGCCUUUUGUUAACCACGUCUAGUGGAUAAAUGCUAAUGGAAUCUAUGAGUAAAAUCUAUCUCAUCUUCUAGCAUCUCUUGACUUCGAAUUCUCGCGGCACGAUAGUGCAGAGAACAAGCAAGAUUUAUGUCGCGCUAUAUGGGCAUAAAGCAAGGAGGUAUGGGUACUAGCUCACGCGGGUUGUCUUCGCCAUUGGCUCACUUUGGUAUAAGUUUGUGUCACACAAAAAUACGGUGUAUUGCACACUUAUAUAAAGGGGCUUGUUUUAUUUUCAGCCCAUCCCUCCAACGCUGCCUUUAACGGUGGGAUGUCACAUUUGUGCCUCUCUUCGCUUGUAUGUCACGGGAUCAAUUGCCCUAAGUCGCACGGGUGACGUAGACGCAGUGGCGUAGCAUGUGGGGCAGUUUGCCCCUCGCGACAUGUGACAGAGGGCAACAUUUUUAGUACCGACAAUUGUUGGAUACCAAAUUUAAAGGGCAAAAUAUCCACAGAAUCCUGGCUUUGAAUAUUUCAGUGUUUUUUUUUGACCAACAACACAUUUACACCAUGUGCCACAGCUGUGAGAACGUUCUUUCCAGUGCUAGCCUUGCAUGUCCCAUUGGGGUCAGUUUCACUACAUUUAAGUCAGUGUCGCAAACGAUCAUCCAUUUCGUCGAAAACUAAUGCGCAUUUUACUCUGAGCCGAUUGUGCUGCCUUCACGCGCCUGUGCUGCCGCCAGUCAGAUCGAAAAGUUUGCCACCACCCCGGGCUUCGCCACUGCGUAGACAUUUGGUAGUUCGCAUGGAAAAAUAAGAUGGUAGAGGCCAACGAAAGAGGGUCAUCUGAAUGGGACUCAGUGGUGGAACGAUCCUGCAAUCAAAAAGGAUGAAACUAGAGGUCAAGAUCGAAUGUGGCCGUGCCGACUACAAACCAACUCGCCAACCUGCCAUGCGAUUGUGCUUCCACUUACAAAAGGAAAGGCAUCGAGCAAUCCGAAAGAAUGAGUUGAGAGACUAAUGGAGGAUACCGAAUUUCUAACGGUUGCUAGUCUGAUCCUUUUUUACCCAAGGUACAUACUUUCUGCCUCAAAACACCGCAUCUUUUCGUUCCCUUUUGGAGCAUAUAAACGGGCGAUUUUCCGAAUGGCCAUAAUAAAACGUGGUAGGGAAAAUUUUCCGUUGUUCGAUGAGAUGCUGCCGCAAUUUCACAUGAGCUAAUUGUUGUUGGUAACCUGUUCCACACAGCAACAUGUCUGACCAGGAAAUAAUUAAAGCAACGUUUUUAUUUGAUCGUUGUAACCUCUGCUGUUAAGCGUCGUUGUUAAAUCCCUGAGUACAAGUGUAUCACAUUCCAGUGUACAAAAAAAUUUAAGUGGAUCAUUUGCCCUACCAGAUUACUUAGGAGCUACCUGUCAUGCAUCAGCCUGUGCAUGCAUAUGAGCUUUAUUUAAGGCUGAUAGUAAGACUAGAAACUUUCCGGUAAACAUGCUACAGAACGGACAUGUGGAAAACAGCUUUUCCAUACUGUCACGGACGUUUUCAGCCCAUAGCCGAAAGGGUUCAUGACCUUGACUGGCGUGGCGUGCUAAUAGUACAAAUCUUGCCCUGUCACUGUCGAUUUGCGGAGACAAUUUUUGUCUCACAGUCAAGCUCUUAUACUCAUUCGAUUAAGCUGAGCGAGUGCUAUCCAGAGCUACCAAUCAAUUGGAUAUAAGACCAAUGUUUCGCUAUUCCUGGUUAUCUUGCUAUUUUGGCGCUUUCCGUGAGUGCGCACACCCGCCGAACUUGAUCCUUUCGGAGUCCAACAAGGCUACUUCUCGUCUCAUCUGCGAGACCACGCUGCGGGCUCUUCAGCAAGCCUACAUUCGUCUAAAUCCGUUGCCCUACAAGGCAGCUAUUGGAGAAAACCGCUACUUCUCCUACGUUUGACGCGGCAUUGCUUGCAAGAAACCUUCGAUUUCAUUCGACAUAAUCUCGAGUCACCGCAAACUGGUCGAUAAGUACACGCGAAAGGCGGCGUGUGAAUUCCCGCAACCUACCAGUGACUCAUCGCGCCAUCUACAUCCGACUAGUGGCUGGACCCAACAAGUGACCUGCGAAACGGUCACCUGUCUAACACCUGUCUAGCAAACACUGUGGAACGUGAACCAGUAAGUUCUUACUGUUCUGUAUUUGAGUCCUAGACACACCUAGCCAACUAAUACUACGCUAUCCUACGAGAUGGUCCUCAGCAGCCGUUCUAGAAUCUUUAGACCCCAACAAGCUGUGCGCUUAUGCAAAUGACUGCUAGCUCAGUAAAAUGUAGGCCUCCGCGACUAGAAAAAAAGAGAAGAGAAACAGGAAACCGCGGCCAAACACGUUGCUAAUAAGUCCAAGAUCCUGUCUGAUAUGCUCAAACGCAUUAACCUCCUC